AUCGGGCUGAUUCAUCGCGGCCCGGCUGAGCGGAAGGUGUCGGGCGGGGCGAGACGAAGUGGGACUCCAGCAACCACUCAACGGCGACAGACAGCUAUUGUUGGAGUACGUUGUGUGAAGUUUAUCCCAUCUCAGUGAUUUAGGACAGUAGGAGCUUCACUUUGUAUCUAAACUUGGAGACUCCACUAAGAACUGGAAAAACAUUGUAGAAAUAAGCUGAAAACCAGGAAAUAUGGAUCGACUUCUACGACUUGGAGGAGGAAUGCCUGGUCUAGGACAGGGACCUCCAACGGAUGCACCUGCAGUUGACACAGCUGAGCAAGUUUACAUUUCUUCACUUGCACUUCUAAAGAUGUUGAAGCAUGGUCGAGCUGGUGUUCCCAUGGAAGUUAUGGGACUCAUGCUUGGAGAAUUUGUUGAUGACUACACUGUCAGAGUGAUUGAUGUGUUUGCUAUGCCACAGUCAGGAACGGGAGUCAGUGUGGAGGCAGUUGAUCCUGUGUUUCAAGCCAAAAUGUUGGAUAUGUUAAAACAGACUGGAAGGCCCGAGAUGGUUGUUGGCUGGUAUCACAGCCAUCCUGGUUUUGGCUGUUGGUUGUCUGGUGUGGAUAUCAAUACUCAACAGAGCUUUGAGGCCCUUUCAGAAAGAGCUGUGGCAGUAGUAGUGGAUCCCAUUCAGAGUGUAAAAGGAAAGGUUGUUAUCGAUGCCUUUAGAUUAAUCAAUGCUAAUAUGAUGGUCUUAGGACAUGAACCAAGACAAACAACUUCAAAUCUGGGUCACUUAAACAAGCCAUCUAUCCAGGCUUUAAUCCAUGGGUUGAACAGACAUUACUAUUCCAUUACUAUCAACUACAGGAAGAAUGAAUUAGAACAGAAGAUGUUACUGAAUUUACAUAAGAAAAGUUGGAUGGAAGGUUUAACUCUUCUGGACUACAGCGAACACUGUAAGCUCAAUGAAACGGUGGUAAAAGAAAUGCUGGAACUAGCAAAGAACUAUAACAAGGCUGUGGAAGAAGAGGAUAAAAUGACACCUGAACAGCUGGCAAUAAAAAAUGUUGGCAAGCAGGAUCCUAAACGUCAUUUAGAAGAACACGUGGAUGUGCUGAUGACUUGCAACAUUGUCCAGUGUUUAGCAGCAAUGUUGGAUACUGUUGUAUUUAAAUAAUGACUUGCUUAUAAAUGUUAUUUGCUAACUAUAAUCAUCCAUUGUUUAAAGCACUGAGGCUAAGAUAUAUUUGGAUGUCAGAGACAUCUGGCAUCAUUUGCAGUCUAAGAGCAUCACUCUAACACCUUUUCAUCUAUGUUGUGCAAUUACUUUGGCUAUUUUUUUAAUGCAAGAUCUCUGCAGAUUCUAAAACAAUUCAAGAACCGGGUUAAAAGGUAUAUUUUCAUUUUCAUUUUUGAAGAUAAUUGGCAACACAUAUAUGCAUUCAUUAUUGUUAUGUAGCUUUUUAAAAAGUGUGUUAAACUCCUUAGUGUUUUGCUGACAUUGUAACUGAGAAAGAAUCAAUUAUUGACAAUACUGUACAAAAUUCAACAAAGAGACAAAUGCCUUUCAGUCAACUGAUGAUUUGUAAAGACCUGUGCCAUGGACAUGAUUUUUUGCAAAAAACUUACUCAGAUUACAGAUCCCUUUAUAUGAAUCACGGUUAAGUCCCACAGUAUUUUUAUCAGCUUGGACUCGACCUUGCAAUACAAGAAAGAAAAUGGAAAAGCUCGUAGACAAAGGCAAAGCACUUCCCAUGACUAACUCUUUGUUUCUAAAAGCCCCUGGAUUAAAGCUAUUAAGUCAGAGGGAUGUGAUUUCAGGUAGGCCUAAACCUGUUUCUGCUGCCUUUAAAUAUGGAUCAGGAGUCAGGACCAUUCACCACGAGAACCAGAAGAGUUGCAUAUGGUUUUUAAAUAUAAUUUGAGACUGUCUGGCCCUGAUCUAACAAAAUAGUAAUUGCUGAUUGUGGCAAUAGUUAACAUUAAUUUGACACAUUUGAACAAUACCUGUAGACAGGAAGCAAUGGUUUUUUUAUCCAGAUGAGAAACGUGCUAUUAAUCUUGCCAAAAUGCCAAUGAAAACCUGAUCAUAAAUUUUGUUGAACCUUCUGUGUAAUGACAUUUCUGUAACUUUCACAUCUGCUUUGUCAAGUACAGAACUCAGUAGACUUCCCAAAAAGUAUAAUUUUCUGUUCCCAUCCCCAACUUUCCUUUCCUUCAUAUAAUUAUAAAUGGCUCUAUGGUAUAUGAACAAAGCACAGAAGAUAAUAAAAGCCUGGAACCAACAUCUGAAAAGCUACAAGAAGUCUGUUACAGACAAGGUCAUCAAAAUAUGGAUAUUCUUUGUCAACCUACUCUGUAAAUAGCAUUGAA